AUAACUGUAAGUGAUGGCUUUCAACCCCAGAAAGGGACCAAUCUUAAGUUCAAAAGCCAUAGCUGAUGCAGCUUCAUGGUACUGUGCUUUUGUUCUUGUGACCCUUGUAAUGUUAAGCAUAUUCAGGCACAGUUCUAUUCUUCCAAAUCAUGCGAACUUCAAAGAGAACCAACUCUUGUCGCGGCCAUGUGACGAAAUCUAUGUGGUGGGAGAAGGAGAGACACUUCACACAAUCAGUGACAAGUGUGAUGACCCUUUUAUAGUUGAGAAUAACCCUCAUAUCCAUGACCCUGAUGAUGUCUUCCCUGGUCUCGUUAUCAAGAUUACACCUCCACAUCAUACCUAG